AUGGCUAGGCCUUUGCUGAAGAUUCAGCGCUACUUCCGGAGGAAACCCGUGCGCUUCUUCUCCUUCAUCCUCCUCUACCUGACAGCCGGGAGCCUGGUGUUCCUGCACUCUGGCUUCGUAGGGGACAACUCCACAGGGGCCAAUGGGGGCCGGGACCCCCUGGUGGCGUCUGAGAUGGGGAACAGGGUGGCCUCCUCAGACGGCCGGCGGGUAGGGAUGAUGGGAAGGGUGUUCAAGGAGAACCGCAGACCCACCCCGAGGAGGUACGGCCCUCCAUGGAUGAAAGGAGCUGCUGGGAAGGACAGCCAUGACUGGAGGGCCCGGGGAGGAGACUACACAAGCAGCUGGAACCGUGCCCUCAAAGGACGCAACGCCAAAGAUCUGGAUGACGGACGGGCGAAUUACAUUGGCUGCUAUAUAGACAACACGGCGAAAAGAGCACUCAGGGGAGUGUCCUUUUUUGACUACAAGAAAAUGACGGUCUUCCGUUGCCAGGACAACUGUGCUGAAAGGGGCUACCUGUAUUCAGGCCUAGAGUUUGGGGCGGAGUGCUACUGUGGCCACAAGAUCCAGGCCCCCAAUGCAUCUGAGAGUGAAUGCAACAUGGAGUGUAAGGGCGAGAAGGGCAACCUGUGUGGAGGGGCCAACCGCCUGUCAAUCUACAGACUGGAGCUGAGCCAGGAGUCAGCGCGCCGCUAUGGGAGUGCCAUCUUUAAGGGGUGCUUCCACAGACCUGACAACGUCACCCUGGCCCUGCCCAUCAGCGCUGUCAUCCAGAACAUGUCAGUGGAGAAGUGUGUGGACUUUUGCACAGAGAAGGAGCUGUCCCUAGCGGUCCUGGCUGGAGACAGGUGUCUCUGUGGGUUCCCCACCCCCCACUUCUCCCUCCAUGAGAUGGAGGAUGAGGAAAUGUGCAUGCACCGCUGCCAUGGUGAAGAGUUUGAGAGCUGUGGGAAUGACAAGUACUUUGUGGUGUACCAGACACAGGUCCAAGAUAACCGUUGUAUGGACCGGCACUUCCUGCCCACGCGUUCCAAGCAGCUGAUGGCCCUGGCCAGCUUCCCCGGGGCUGGCAACACCUGGGCCCGCCACCUCAUAGAGCUGGCCACUGGCUUCUACACAGGCAGCUACUACUUUGAUGGCUCCCUCUACAACAAAGGCUUCAAAGGUGAGCGAGACCAUUGGCGGAGUGGUAGGAACGUCUGCAUUAAAACACAUGAGAGCGGCAAGAAGGAGAUUGAAGCCUUUGACGCCAGCAUCGUCAUGAUCCGCAACCCUUAUAAAGCCCUCAUGGCUGAGUUCAACCGCAAGUACGGCGGCCAUAUUGGAUUUGCCUCACAGGCCCACUGGAGAGGGAAAGAGUGGCCUGAGUUUGUGAAGAACUAUGCUCCUUGGUGGGCAUCCCACACGCUGGACUGGCUGCGUUAUGGGAGGAACAUCCACGUGGUCCACUUUGAAGAGCUGAAGAGGGAGCUGUUCUCCAAGCUCAAGGACAUGGUCCUGUUUCUGGGCCUGGAGGUGGCCGAGGACCGCCUGCUCUGUGUAGAGGGACAGAAGGAUGGCAACUUCAAGCGCUCUGGCCUGCGUAAGCUGGAGUAUGACCCGUACACACCCGAGAUGCGUGCUAGCAUUGACGAACUGGUCAUGACUGUAGACGCUGCCCUUAAGAAGAGGAACAUGGCCGGGGUGCCCAAGGAGUACCGACCAACUUCGAGAUGAUAUGAUCUCCUUUCCCUCUCCCUCUCUCUUUCUCAUUCUGUUCUUAUAUCCCUUCCCUUCGCACAUAUUGUUCUGGGAUUAAUGGCAUCCAUGUCCAAAAUGUCACAUGAACUGAAAAUCUAUGUGUAGGAAAUACAUUUGUAUUUAAAGUACUUCCCUAUUCCCCUCCACCUCUUUAUUUGUCUCCUUAGUUUGCACAUCCCUUUUUCUUUAUUAGUUUAACUGGCUGAUUAUGACAACAGCAUCAUAAUGUAUACUGCUUUAGAAAUGACAUUUAGCUACUUGGCUGAUGAAUAUGGAUUCAUUGGGGAACUCAAAUAAGGACCAAUGAGAAGCACUUCCCCCUCUAUGCACAUGUAUGUGUUGUGCACUAUGACUUAACAUUAAGGUACAGUAGCUGUGUUGGAAGCACAUCCAAGUACAUAAUGGUUGGAUUACUGUCAGCUGACCACAAGGAGCAAAUUCCUGUUCAUCUGAAAGUGAUGAUUAAA